AGAAGAGGAAAGAUGGCUGGUUCUCCAGUAAACACAUCCCAGGGUCUGUUGACAUUCCAGGAUGUGUCUGUGGACUUCUCCCAGGAGGAGUGGGAAAGCCUGGACUCUGCUCAGAGGGCUUUGUACAUUGAUGUGAUGUUGGAGAAUUACAGCAACCUGGUCUCUGUGGAAAACCAACAGAUGUGCAAUAACUCAGAAGAGGUCUUGGAUGAAGGCUCAAAGCAUAUUAUCUAUGAAAAUGUGACUGUUCAGCAGAAGUCAUUUAAAUGUCAUGAGCUUGACAAAAUGCUUCAUGAAUCCCCUGAAUGGACACUCUGCAAAACAAACAAUACUACAGAAAACUGCUACAAAUACAGACAGAUACAAAAUCACGGGAAUGAGUACAUUGAAUCAAUCAACUUCAGUAGACGUGAAAGCAUGCACACUGGACAAGAACCUUGCAAAUAUAAAGAAUGUGAUAAAUAUUUUGGCUUUCCCCAAAAACUUGUACAUAAUGAGGAAAAAUCACACCAGUUCAGGAAAUGUGGGAAAUCCUUCAGGACCUGCUCAAGCCUCAGUACACAUCAGAGAGCUCAUGUUGGAGAGGAACAAUGGAAAUGCACAGAAUGUGACAAAUCUUUUAAGUGGUUGUCUGACCUUAAAAUCCAUUACAGAGUCCAUCCUGGAGAGAAACCAUUCAAAUGUAAGAAAUGUGACAAAUCUUUUACCUAUUGUUCAUCUCUUAGAGAACAUCAGAACAUCCAUGAGGGAAAACUUUAUAAAUGUCAAGAAUGUGACAAAUCCUUUACCUACUGCUCAUCUCUUAGAGAACAUCAGAACAUCCAUGAGGGAAAACUUUACAGAUGUUGGGAAUGUGACAAAUCCUUCACCCGGUGCUCAUCUCUUAGAGCACAUGAGAAAAUUCACACUGGAGAAAAACCUUUCAAAUGUAAGGAAUGUAGUAAGUCCUUUUACAUGUUGUCCCAACUUAGAAAACAUGACAGAACCCACACUGGAGAGAAACCUUACAAAUGUCAGGAAUGUGACAAGUCUUUUACCUAUUGCUCAUCUCUUAGAGAACAUCAGAACAUGCAUGCUGGAAAACUUUAUAAAUGUCAGAUAUGUGACAAAUCUUUUACCCGGUGCUCAACUCUUAGAACACAUGAGAAAAUACAUACUGGAGAAAAACCUUACAAAUGUAAGGAAUGUGGUAAGUCCUUUUAUAUAUUGUCCCAACUUAGAAAACAUGACAGAACUCACACAGGAGAGAAACCUUAUAAAUGUCAGGAAUGUGACAAGUCCUUUACACAGUGUUCAACCCUUAGGAUACAUCAGAAAAUUCAUGCUGGAGAGAAACCCUACAAAUGUCUAGAGUGUGGUAAGUGCUUUUAUAAGUUGUCUUACCUUAAAGUCCAUUACAGAACCCAUACUGGAGAGAAGCCUUACCGAUGUAAAGAAUGUGGUAAGGGCUUUUCUCAGUUGUCCUGUCUUAAAAGCCAUGACAGAAUUCAUACAGGAGAGAAACCUUACAAAUGUAGUGAAUGUGACAGAUCCUUUACGCACUGCUCAACUUGUAGGAGACAUGAGAGCACUCAUGCUGCAAAAGUUUAUAAAUGUGAGAAAUGUGACAAAUCCUUUGCCAAACAUUCAUCUCUUAGAACACAUCAGAAAACCCAUGCAGGAGAGAAACCUCAUGGUUGUAAAGAAUGUGGUAAGGCCUUCUAUCAACUGUCACAUCUUAAAGUCCAUUACAGAAUCCACACUGGGGAGAAACCUUAUAAAUGUUGUGAAUGUGACAAAUCUUUUACCAAAUGUUCAUCUCUCAGAACGCAUGAGAAAAUCCAUGCAGGAGAGAAACCUCAUUGUUGUAAAGAAUGUGGUAAGGCCUUCUAUCACUUGUCACACCUUACCAUCCAUUACAGAAUUCAUACAGGAGAGAAACCGUACACAUGUAACGAAUGUGACAAAUCUUUUACCACACUGGCGAACCUUAGAAGACAUCAGAAAAUUCAUACUGGAAAGAAAACUUCCCAUAGUAAAUAA